CCUAAUUCCUCCCAGGUAGGUGUGUUCUCUAUACACACCGGGUGGAUUGUGCACUGAGACAGACAGUUCCGGGAGAUUUCUCAUACAUGUGUAGUUUACGCGGAUGGCUUCCUUCAUUCGGGGAUGUAGCUCUGAGGCCCCACCAGAGAGCCAUGAAGCUGGCGAACCGUGCAAUUCAACUGGACACCGAUUUAAUCACCUCAACUCCUGAAUGUCUACAUAGCCUGGUGAGUUGGACCCACAGAAAUGGAGGAGGCUGCUCCUUCCCACCUAUACUGAAGAGAGUGAAGAGGUCUUCAGGUGAACACUGAAGGAACUCUACUCUUGCCUUCAAUAACCUCCUUUUAAAAAAAGAGUGCAGUGACCUCUCAGAUGGAGAUUUUCAGAGCCAGGACAAAGAAGAAACCAGACAGCAGCCUUCCUCAGAGGUCUCCUUUGAACCAUGCAUAGACAAGAGGGAGGAACUGCCUACAAGUUUCCUUACCAAGGCUGCACAGCUGUAUACAGAGGUUCUGACGAUAUGAAGAAACACAUUAAGGAACAUCAUGAGGAGGUGCGGGAGCAACCAUGUCCACACCCUGGCUGCAACAAAGUAUUUAUGAUAGAUCAGUACCUACAGAGGCAUGUCAAGCUCAUUCACACAGAGGAGAGAAACCACAUUUGUGACCAGUGUAGACGAGCUUUCAAGCAACAGAAGCACCUCUCUGUGCACCAGUCUAUACAAGAACAAGCUUCGAUGCCUACUGUCAACCGAGACACAGCUGUCGGACGUAAAGGGCAGGCUCUCCAUCUCUAUCCCUUUGGAGAUUCUACACUCUUUCCCUGGAUCCACUCAUCUUGGCUCAGCUGCACGUUACAGGCCACAGGUCUGAUUUCUUCUGGGACCGCCAACCUAGGAACACUUCUCUUCUGCUCCGAAGCCGCACGUCCCUUGCGUCUCGCUUCAUCCCUGGUCUUCAGCCCCAGAGCUACAGUAUAAGCGCCACCAUCAACCCGAAUAUUAUCAUGGAAAAACAAGAGGAAAAUUGUAAGAUUGAUAUAGAAGAAGAAGAAAAAAUGGACAAAGAAGAUAUGUAUUCAUGUAGGAGGAG